GAUUAGUUGUUAUUGCACUAUCAAAGGGUGAAUAGCGAUUGAGGAGCAUACGAGAAAUACGGAGGCCAGUAGUAACAUGUUUCUGGUCAUCGGCGCAAUCCUGGCCAGCGCCCUCUUCGUGGGCCUGCUGCUCUACCAUCUAAAAUUCAAGCGGCUGAUUGACCUCAUCAGCUACAUGCCGGGUCCUCCCGUGCUGCCGCUGGUCGGCCAUGGCCACCACUUCAUCGGCAAGCCGCCGCACGAGAUGGUCAAGAAGAUUUUCGAGUUCAUGGAGACCUACUCCAAGGACCAGGUGCUCAAGGUGUGGCUGGGACCCGAGCUGAACGUGCUCAUGGGCAACCCCAAGGACGUCGAGGUCGUCCUGGGCACGUUGCGCUUCAACGACAAGGCGGGUGAAUACAAGGCCCUGGAGCCGUGGCUAAAGGAGGGUCUGCUGGUCAGUCGCGGUCGGAAGUGGCACAAGCGACGCAAAAUUAUCACGCCCGCCUUCCACUUCAAGAUCCUCGACCAGUUCGUUGAGGUCUUCGAGAAGGGGUCGCGAGAUUUGCUCCGGAAUAUGGAGCAGGAUCGCCUGAAGCACGGCGACUCCGGCUUUAGCCUCUACGACUGGAUCAAUCUCUGCACCAUGGACACGAUCUGCGAAACUGCCAUGGGUGUUUCCAUCAAUGCGCAGUCGAAUGCAGACUCCGAGUACGUCCAGGCGGUGAAGACCAUAUCAAUGGUGCUGCACAAGCGGAUGUUCAACAUUCUGUACCGCUUCGACCUUACCUACAUGCUGACCCCACUGGCGAGGGCGGAGAAGAAGGCCCUGAACGUGCUUCACCAGUUCACAGAGAAGAUCAUCGUGCAGCGCAGGGAGGAGCUCAUCCGCGAAGGAAGCAGCCAGGAGAGCAGCAAUGAUGACGCGGACGUGGGCGCCAAGCGAAAGAUGGCCUUCCUGGACAUCCUUCUGCAGUCGACCGUCGACGAACGGCCCCUGAGCAACUUGGACAUUCGCGAGGAAGUGGACACCUUCAUGUUCGAGGGCCACGACACCACCUCUUCGGCCCUGAUGUUCUUCUUCUACAACAUAGCCACCCACCCGGAGGCGCAGAAGAAGUGCUUUGAGGAGAUCCGGUCCGUGGUGGGCAAUGACAAGAGCACGCCGGUGAGCUAUGAGCUGCUGAACCAGCUGCACUACGUCGACCUGUGCGUGAAGGAGACCCUUCGAAUGUAUCCGUCUGUACCGCUGCUGGGUCGUAAGGUUCUCGAGGACUGCGAGAUCAAUGGAAAGCUCAUCCCGGCGGGCACGAAUAUCGGCAUCUCCCCUCUCUACUUGGGCAGACGGGAGGAGCUCUUUAGCGAGCCCAAUAUCUUCAAGCCGGAACGGUUCGAUGUGGUCACCACCGCCGAGAAGCUGAAUCCGUACGCGUACAUUCCGUUCUCGGCCGGACCUCGCAACUGCAUUGGCCAGAAGUUCGCCAUGCUGGAGAUCAAGGCCAUCGUGGCCAAUGUGCUCCGGCACUACGAGGUUGACUUUGUGGGCGACUCCUCGGAACCACCCGUGCUGAUCGCCGAACUUAUUCUGCGUACCAAGGAACCCUUGAUGUUCAAGGUGCGGGAGCGAGUCUACUGAACCACAACAUCGCAUUAUAUCUUUACGCUUGUCAAUUAAAAUAUAUUCAAAAAUGUGAACGAUUGGCGGC